CUUACACCACUUUUCUUCUUUUAAGCUCUCGUUCUCUUCUACUUCUACUCCUCUUCCCUUCCCUUGCAUUUUUCUUUCUCAAAGUUAUUGGUUUGAAAUUUGAAUCUUUUCGUUGAAGAUAAAAGAGUUCUUAAAUGGCAACAUAUGCUAGAAGAACAUACGGAUUCGGGAGAGUUGAUGAGGCGUCUCACCCGGACUCGAUUAGAGCCACUUUGGCCGAGUUUCUAUCCACUUUCGUCUUUGUCUUUGCUGGAGAAGGCUCCAUCCUCUCUCUAGACAAGUUGUAUUGGGACACUGCCGCUCACACUGGGACAGACACGCCGGGAGGGUUACUUUUGGUGGCGUUGGCUCAUGCAUUGGCCCUGUUUGCCGCAGUUUCGGCGGCCAUCAAUGUCUCUGGUGGUCACGUGAACCCUGCGGUCACGUUUGCUGCUCUAGUUGGAGGCAGGCUCUCGGUAAUCCGAGCUAUCUACUAUUGGGUUGCUCAGCUUCUUGGUGCUAUCCUCGCUUGCCUCUUGUUGAGGCUUUCCACUAAUGGCAAGAGACCAAUAGGUUUCCAUGUAGCAUCUGGAGUCAGUGAGCUUCAUGGGCUAUUGAUGGAGAUCAUACUUACAUUUGCAUUGGUUUACGUCUUCUACUCAACUGUAAUCGAUCCGAAGAGAGGGAGUAUUGGGAUCAUAGCGCCGCUAGCAGUCGGGCUCAUAGUUGGGGCGAACAUGUUGGUAGGAGGACCAUUCGAAGGAGCGUCAAUGAAUCCGGCUAGAGCGUUUGCUCCAUCACUAGUUGGAUGGAGAUGGGAGAAUCAUUGGAUAUAUUGGGUUGGGCCCUUCAUUGGAGGUGCAAUCGCCGCACUUAUCUACGAGUACAUGAUCAUCCCCAACGUGAACGAAACUCCUCCUCGCCACAGUGUCCACCAACCAUUGGCUCCCGAAGAUUACUAAACUGGACUUUAGACCGUACCAAGCGUUCUCUCUUUCUAUCAAGAAUCUUUGUUUUGCUUGUGUUGUUGUUUGUCUCUUUGUUUUUUUUUUUACAUGCAACUUCAUAUGUAUAAAUAAUUGAGUCCAUAUCAAGACAGUAUCUGUGUGUUCUUGUAUUGUAUUUGUGUGUUAACUAUCCGAUAAUAAAGAUUUCAAAUA